AUGGCGUCGGCAUACUCGAAUCUGCCCAUGGACGGCGACGAUGAAUUCGACGAGAGCCAAAUCGACUUUACCGACAUUGAAGAGCAGUUCCAGGUCCGACUGGAUGAGGGGCUUGAUGCCUUUGUCGUAAUUGAUGGACUGCCAGUGGUGCCCGAGGACAGCAAGGGCAAGCUGAUCAAGUUCGUGCUGCGCAAACUGAACAGCGUGGGCAAGGUCAAGGACGAUGGUGUACACAUGCCCGUAAACGACUCAGGCAAGACGGAGGGAUAUGCCUUCGUCGAAUACAGCGCGCCCGCCGAGGCUGUUGCAGCCGUCAAGCAGCUCCACGGCACUCCACUCGACAAGAAGCACACCAUGGCCGUGAACAAACUCACUGACAUCGACCGCUACGGCAAGGAGGGCCGUAUUGAUGAGGAAUACCACCCACCCGAGAUUCCUCCGUUCGAGCAAAAGGAGCACCUGAGGUGGUGGCUCGCAGACGAGGACAGCCGCGACCAAAUCGCCAUGUACCGUCAGGACAGGGUUGGUGUUUACUGGAACGAGAAGGAAGAUCAGCCCGAGCAGGUUGUUGACCGUGAGAACUGGACAGAGUCCUUUAUCCAGUGGUCGCCACAGGGUACUUACCUCACUUCUAUGCACGCUCAGGGUGUGCAACUGUGGGGAGGCAAGUCAUGGAGCAGGCAAAAACGAUUCGCGCAUCCCGGUGUCAACCUUGUCGACUUCUCGCCCGGUGAGAAGUACCUCACCACCUGGUCGCACCGCCCACUCCAGGUUGACGAGAACCACCCCGUCCCAUCUCUCUCGCUCGAGGAGGAUGGCAAAAACUACAUCAUUUGGGACAUUGCCACUGGCAAGCCCCUGCGUUCUUUCGCUACCAUUGAUGUCCCUGGUGGCACCGAUGGUGAAGGCAACCCCAUCAAGAAGAAGCUGCAGUGGCCUACCUUCAAGUGGUCUUCGGAUGACAAGUAUGUUGCACGUAUGACCCAGGGCCAGUCCAUCUCCAUCUACGAGCUUCCCCGCAUGAACCUACUCGACAAGACAUCAGUCAAGAUUGAGGGUGUCAUGGAUUUUGAGUGGGCUCCCGCUACCCCACGCAGAGAAGGAAUCAAGACCUACGAACAACUUUUCUGCUACUGGACUCCUGAACUCGGCAGCAACCCCGCCAAGGUCGGACUCAUGUCAAUCCCAUCCAAGGAGGUCGUGCGUACCCGUAACCUCUUCAACGUUUCUGACGCCAAGCUGCACUGGCAAUCAGAAGCCGCAUAUGUCUGCGUCAAGGUUGAUCGCCACUCCAAGUCCAAGAAGUCGCUUGCAACAAACUUGGAAAUCUUCCGCGUUCGCGAAAAGGGUGUACCGGUCGAAGUUGUUGAUUCUAUCAAGGACACUGUCAUCAACUUUGCCUGGGAACCCAAGGGCAACCGUUUCGUGCUCAUCACCACUGGCGAGGUUAUUCAAGGCGCUGCCGUCGGCCCCAAGACCGCUGUUUCCUUCUUCGCUACCGAAAAGCUAAAGGGAGGAGCCGUUGGAAACUUCCGCCACAUCCGAACCAUUGACAAGAAGAAUAGCAACGCCAUCUACUGGUCGCCUAAGGGACGAUUCGUUGUUGUCGCUGCUCUCCAAUCGCAGCAAUCUUUCGAGCUCGAGUUCUGGGACAUGAGCUUCGACAAGCCCAAGGACGAGUCUGAGAAGGGUGACAAGGAGGUCAACGCCAACCUGCAGCUCAUGGAUACUGCCGAGCACUAUGGUGUUACAGACAUUGAGUGGGAUCCUACAGGUCGCUAUGUGGCUACCGUUGCUAGCGCUUUCCGUCACCGUAUGGAAAACGGUUAUCACCUGUAUGACUUCAAGGGCCAACUUCUCCGGGAAGAGGCUAUUGAAGGCUUCAAGCAACUUCUCUGGCGCCCACGACCCCCGACACUGCUCUCCAAGGAAGAGCAAGCUGAAAUCCGCAAGAACCUGCGCAACUACUCCAAGAUCUUUGACGAACAAGAUCUUGCCAAGAAGAGCUCAGCCAACAAGGCUGUUGUGGAGGCCCGUCGCGAGAUGCUGCAAGAGUGGCAUGCAUGGAGGGAACAGGUCACCCAGAGACUCCGCGAAGAAGGUGCAGACCUGGAACUGGCGUUCCUCAAGGGAGAGACACCUGGACAGGCAGAGGAUGGUCACCAGGAGGAGAUUGAGGAGAUUGUGGAGGAGAUUAUUGAAGAGAGCGAAGAGGUCAUCAACUAG